UGCGACGAGAUGAUAUCAACAGCCGGGUCAGGUUUAUGCAGGGCACCCGUAGGUUAUGAUAGGAGAAUUACCUCUGGACCAGUUACGCUGCCGUGUCGCGCAGAGUGAAACCCAGAGAGCCGUAUCUUAGCGGAUACUUUCUCCCCGUCGAGGUGAUCACACCCAAGUUAUUUACUCGACUCCGGAGGUCGCAUCAUGGGGUUUUCUCUCUUCUCCUUUUAUUUUUGAACUCGGGACUAGUCGGCUAGAACACAAACGGUGGAGGGCCCUUUUUUCUCCCCUUGCUGUUCACAGUGAGGAUUUGAGGGCAUUUCUGCACCGUGUUUAUCCUACCCUGUGGGCUUAGCUGGGGACUCUAAUAUGAGAGUCUGAACAGCUCGCUCGCACUGGUGCGAGGGUCAAGAUCUGUGGUCCUUGCCAAGUCGGAAAGCGAGGCGUGGGCUAUGCUCUCUUUCACCGUCGUCUACCAGUGGAAUGGAGCAGGCGCUGGGCGGGAGGUAGGUGGGCGAGAGAGAGGGAAGGGGAAAGGGAGAGGGGAACCGCUCAAACCAUUUUUUGACCAAUCAGACUGCCGGUAAUUGUAUUAAUGUUCGGCGGUACACCUCCGCCUUCCGCAUCCAUGAAAAAAGAAAAAGAAAGAAAAAAGGAAACUCGGAAACUGGUGGUUACAUGGUCGAUACAGGCACCGUAUUUGUGAUUCCUGCCUUCAUUCAUCACCUCACUUUACCCCUUUGACCCAUGCCCUUUCUGUUUCUCUCCCGACAACCUCUUUUAAAAGCCGAGUGGAGCCCGCACAACACCUUUUUCUCGUCAUCUCUCUCCUCCCCUCAUACACUAUUCUUCUCUCGAGUGAAGGGAUAGAAAACCAUCCCCCACCGCUCUAUAUUUCUUCUUGUGUUCCCCUCUUCCAAUCGCGGCCGGAAGGAAGAAAGCAAGAAAUAAAAAUAAAAAAAUAAAAAAAAGUUGGAAAAAAAAUAAAACUCAGCCAAGCAGUCUCGACAAACUUACGGAACGCUAAUUAGCAACAAUGGAGUCUCUCCUCAACCAAUCCCGGAAGCUCUGUCCCUUCCUCAAGAGGACUUCGCCGUCUACUCUUCGUGCGCUGUCUACUAGCUCGAGUGUCAAUGCAGUUGGUGGUGGUGGAACGAUGUCAAACCUUCAGAUUGUCGCCCGUCGGUGUCCGGUAAUGUCAAAGGCACUUGCUGUCCAGUCGGUUCGCAACUCCGCAUUCUCCUCUUCCUCCCUCGGGUUGAAGCCGUCAGGAUUGGCUCGCGCGCGUGGCUCGUCGGCUGGCCAGAAGAGAUCUUACGUUGUUCCUAGCAAGCCUGCCAGUAUCCAGGCGUCUGUUCCUAAUGCUGCGGAUGCCGCUAGUGUCGAGUCUCUCCAUAUCCGGGCCGGCGUUUAUGACACUUCUAAGGGUACGGUUGCCGAGCAAGAGCCGGUACUAUAUUAUGAAUCUUGAAUUUUGAAAAGCUGACGGGAUUUAUUCUGGUCUCAGGGAUUUGCCCUCAUGGAGCUGCGGCGUUGAGGGCUGCUAAGAUGGCAGAGGGCAUGGCUCCGCGGGCGACUGCUCGUGUUACGCGUCCGGUAAAUGUGGUCCCUGCGGCUCACCAUUCCGGGAAAUUUGAUUACGAGGCUUUCUACGGUGCGGAACUCGAGAAGAAGCAUAAGGACAAGAGCUACCGUUAUUUCAACAACAUCAACCGUUUGGCAAAGCAUUUUCCUCAGGCCCAUUUGGGGACCCCCGAUAAACUUGUCACUGCUUGGUGCUCCAAUGACUACGUAGGUCAUCCCUGAUUGCUGUUUUCUCCAUGGUCUUUUACUCACCAUGUUUGAAGUUGGGUAUGGGGCGCAAUUCCGAGGUUAUUAAGUCAAUGCACGAGACUCUUGAUAUAUACGGUGCCGGAGCUGGUGGAACUAGAAAUAUAUCGGGUCAUAAUCAACACGCCAUUGCUCUUGAAGCGAGCGUCGCCAAACUUCACGCCAAGCCGGCAGCCCUUGUUUUUUCGUCUUGCUAUGUGGCGAACGAUGCGACUUUAGCAACUCUUGGAUCAAAACUCCCUAACUGCGUGAUUCUGUCGGAUUCCCUUAAUCACGCAUCAAUGAUCCAAGGAAUCCGUCACUCUGGCGCCAAAAAGAUUGUCUUCAAACACAAUGAUCUUGUCGAUCUUGAGACUAAACUCGCAUCCCUUCCCUCACAUGUUCCAAAAAUUAUUGCUUUUGAAUCCAUAUACUCCAUGUGUGGAUCUGUUGGGCCGAUUGAGGAGAUUUGUGACCUGGCUGAGAAGUAUGGUGCCAUUACCUUUCUGGAUGAAGUCCAUGCCGUUGGAAUGUAUGGGCCACAUGGUGCUGGUGUUGCAGAGCAUCUUGAUUUCGAGGCUCACCGUGCUGGAAAGCCAAAGGGGACUGUCAUGGACCGCAUCGAUAUUAUCACUGGCACCCUCGGAAAGGCAUAUGGUUGCGUUGGUGGAUACAUUGCCGGCUCGGCAAAGUUGGUUGACGCUAUUCGCUCCCUUGCCCCCGGUUUCAUAUUCACCACUUCUCUUCCUCCAGCAACCAUGGCUGGUGCAAGGACCGCGAUUGAAUAUCAGGCCAAAUACGAUGGCGACCGCAUUCUCCAACAGCUCCACACCCGCGCCGUUAAAGAUUCUUUGGAAGCUAGAAACAUACCCGUAAUCCCUAAUCCCUCCCACAUUGUCCCCAUCCUCGUCGGCGACGCGGAAAUUGCUAGAGCUGCUAGCGACUCCCUCUUGGAGGACCACGGCAUCUACGUUCAAGCCAUCAACUACCCUACCGUCCCGGUUGGCCAGGAGCGUCUCCGUAUCACCCCGACUCCUGGCCACACUCGGAACUAUCGUGAUCAUCUCGUUAGCGCUCUGGAGUCGGUCUGGAACGCUCUUAACAUCAAGCGUACCAGUGAUUGGAGAGCCGAAGGUGGCCUUUGCGGCGUUGGUAUUGACGGCAUGAAACUGCAAAACAUCUGGUCCGAUGAACAACUCGGUAUUUCUGGCGGCAGCGCCAUCGCCGCCCCGACUGUCCACAUGAAGGCUGGAGGAAAGAUUGUGGUUGGUGGCAUCCUCGAGAGGGAGGUGGGCCGGGUGAUUUCUACCAUUGCUUGAGGUUGUCCCCGUUUGUUGCAUUCGCGGAUGUAAUUGUGAUGGUGGUCUGAACCAUUGUUUAGUUGUCAGUAGUCAUUUAGUUCCCGAUUUCCCCGUUGCGGGAAUAAUAAAUUCUAUACAUGGCGGUGAAGUAAUAUCGUCUAUAUCCCAGACAGGGCUUCCCGUACGGAAGGAGCAAAAGACUUUUAGUUCGUUACGAUGCUCAAUACUUUUGUAGUCUAUCUUGUCCUCGCUUACAUACGCCAUUUACG